CUUCAGUCUUCACCUGCUGUGGCCUCUAAUGGCCGUGAAAUCCUUCACCAAAGCCAAACAUAAACAGUUAACACAGCUGCAGAAACCCGGUCCCGAAUUUCGAUGGAACCCAAUUCCCACUCCAUCCGGGUUCUCGUUCGCCCACCUCCUGCGCCCACCCAUCCCCUCCCUCCUCAACCGCCGCCGCCCGACCCAUCUCCGCCCCCUAGGAACGGCGUCGUCGUCGUGGGAUUCAUAGGGAGGCGCCACCACGACGUGUCCCACCUCAUCAACAAAAUUAUUGACUCCAAGGUUUUCGGCUCCGGCAGUUUGGACACCCCCUUUCGCUUUGAACCCGACAAAAUCAACCCGGAGACGAGGAAAUGGUUCGAGAGCAGGAAAUUAAGCUUUUAUCACGACGAGGAGCAGGGGAUUUUGUACUUGCAGUUUUCCUCUGUCUGUUGCCCAGUGACUGAGGAGGGUUCAGAGACCCGGUUUGAGUCAGUUAUGGAGGAGCAGGAGUUCGGGGAUCUUCAGGGGUUGCUCUUUAUGUUCUCUGUCUGUCACAUAAUAAUACUUAUUCAAGAGGGGUCACGAUUCGAUACUCAAAUGUUGAAAAAGUUCCGGGUCCUCCAGGCUGCUAAACAUACAAUGGCUCCAUUUAUAAGAUCACAAAAUAUGUCAUAUGCAACAUCUAGGACUCGUUCUUCAGCCCAUUCACGAAUAUCUCCUACCGGAGCAUCACCUAAAAAUCCUUCUCCUGGUAAAAGCCGAGGGAUUCUAAAUCGUAAUGCUUCAUCAAUUACAGUAAUGUCAGGUUUAGGUUCUUAUACCUCUUUACUACCUGGUCAAUGUACCCCAGUUAUACUCUUUGUUUUUCUUGACGAUUUCAGUGAGAUUCACCCCAGUGGAAAUAUGGAGGAGACUUCGGAGACCACAUCGCUUAAUUUGUCUCCAAAUUUGAACAGUUCGGGCAGACCAGGCUUGCCCACAAAAGGAUCUAGCUCCGUUGUUGUGCUUGCACGACCUGUGAACAAAUCUGAGGGUGGAUUAAGGAAGAAACUACAAUCUUCCCUUGAGGCACAAAUUCGUUUUUCAAUAAAAAAAUGUAGAACGCUUUCAGGUUUUGAAGGCGGCCAUGCUGGGUCAAGGAGUGGUGCUAUUGCAAGUUCAACCCCUCUAUUUUCACUUGAUGCAUCAAAGGCUGUUUCACUUGUAGAUGCUGGUUUAAGUCAGAGUGGUGAAUCUCUUGAGUUCGCAAUCGGCCUUGUCGAAGAAGUAUUGGAUGGGAAAGCGACACCAGAUUCUCUUUUGCUUGAAAGCCACCAACAAAAUGCAAACAAAGAGGACAUUCUCUCUGUGAAGGAUUUUAUCUACAGGCAGUCUGAUCUUCUAAGAGGAAGAGGCGGUUUAGCUGCUAACAGCAACAGUGGCUCUGCUGCCUCUGCCUCAGCUACUGCUUCUGGAAAGACAGUAACUGCUCCAGAGCUCCCAACUUUGGGGAUCUGGUCAUCUUCCUCUCAAUUAAUUCUUCAUGGAAUCCUGUCAGCAAAACGUGCUUGCACAUAUGAAACCAAAAUCAACAGGAUGCGUGAGCAGGAUACUGCUUCACCAACUGGAGAAAAUACAGCAACUCCUUCAGAUCCAUUCGAAUCUGCAGUAUCUCUUCUGGAGAAUGGUAUUGGAUUGAACACUAGAUUUUCAACCUUGUGGUGCCAAAAAGCCUUUCCAGUUGCCAAGGCAGUUUAUUUAGAUGAUCUGCCUCCUUGUUAUCCAAGUUCACAGCAUGAGGACCAUCUAAAGAAGGCCUUGCGUGCCCUUACCUCAAUGGUGAAGGGACCUGCCGUGCAAGUUUAUAUGAAAAAAUUGAAGGAUGAAUGCACAUCUAUCUGGAGUUCUGGAAGGCAACUAUGUGAUGCAGUUAGUCUAACUGGGAAACCUUGCAUGCAUCAAAAGCAUGACACGCAAUCUCUUUCGGCAGAGGACAUAAAACCUCAUUCAAGUGGAUAUGUAUACCUCCAUGCUUGUGCCUGUGGUCGUUCUAGGCGACUCCGACCAGAUCCCUUUGAUUAUGAAACAGCAAAUGGUGCAUGCAAUAGUUUUGCUGAUUGCGAUAAGCUUCUUCCUGCGGUCCAGAUGCCAGAAGCAAGCAUUAAGGGACCCAUUCAACCUUCAUCCUGGAAUUUGAUUCGUAUUGGGGGUGCAAAGUACUAUGACCCUUCAAAAGGUUUACUCCAGAGCGGCUUUUAUGCAACUCAGAAGUUUCUUCAAAGAUGGACUAUAUUUGUUGAGAAGCUAAAGGAAGCAACUCAUUCCCUGCUAAAUAACUCCCAGCAAGGUGUCUCAGACAGAACCGUUAGAGUUGAAACUGUUAUAGAUGCACAUUUUCAGACAUCUGAUGCUGCUCCGUUGGGCACUGGCGGAGCGCAGAAUGGAGUGGGGAUGCAGAUAAGGCUCCCUUCAGAUAUCACUGGAAACACUAGUAAAAAUAUAAGUGUUGGUAGAGGAUUCUCUAACUUUACAAUGAGAAAACCAUUUUCUGAAGUUGUUGCUGGACCAGCUGCUGCCAACUCCGGAUUUCCUCCACUUUUGUCUAGAAAACAACCUUUACCAGAUGUUGAGAAAGGUGUAAAGCAACAUCAUGAACCACAACAGGCUGCAGACAAACUUAGUGAAAUUGUCUACAAUCAAGAAUCUAAAAGGGUUGCGAAUAUUGCUUCAAUUGACAAUGCACCGAAUGAUAAUGGCAUUGCUAGCAAUACCUAUAAGUAUGGCAAUCUCUUUCCACAUUUUGGCAGCAACAUAGUUCCUUUAAAUACGAACAGUACGGAACAGAUCAAAGCUGCCAGUGUCAAGCGUAUGACUAUAUAUUUGGGGUUUGAACAUGAGUGCCCUCGUGGCCACAGGUUUAUAUUAACUCCAGAUCAUCUUAAUGACCUUGGUUCGUCAUACCUAGUGCCCGAAGAGAAUGUUGUCCCUUUGUUGGUGGAAAAUUUGGACAAAAAGCAGGAUGCUGCUAAAUUCGGUAAAAUUGGUGGCCAUGGUAGAACCCGACGAGGGUCAAAUGGAAUAAUUAUGGCUGGUGGUAGUAGCAAGUCUAAAAACACAGAGAAGUCAAAAGAGAAAGUGGCCAAUGGAAACAUGUCUAAUAAAUCUAUGCAAUCAACCAGGCAAGGCAAGGAUCAAAAUGAGAGAAUAAAAGUUACUGAUGUUGUGAAAGAUCUUGAUGCCGACCUUAGACCCACUGUUGAUGAUGGUGGUGGUGGUGCCUCCUCCUUAUUGAAUAGAAGUCUGCCAAUAUAUAUGAACUGUCCGCACUGUAGGAACUCCACAACAAAGAACGAUACAACAAAUAUUAAAUUUGCAAGCACUAUUUCACAGCUGCAGAGGAUCUUUGUGGUAACACCUGCAUUCCCUAUCCUGUUAGCUGCAGAUCCAAUCAUACAAUUUGAGUUGUCAUGUCUACCUCCCUCUGUUCCUGAUCGUGAACAAAAACUACGAUUCAGCUUGGGUUGUCCAGUGAUUCUGCCACCAGAGAGUUUUCUCUCUCUAAGGCUCCCUUUUGUUUAUGGCGUAGAAUUGGACGAUGGAAGUCUACAUUCUCUUAGACCUUUUGAGAAUCAACCACAACUCACUGCCUAUAUUAUGAAAGGAACAGCUUUGCAGGUUGUGUCGAGUAGAGGGAAUCUUGAUCCAGCAUUAGUCACAUAGCAAGUCAAAGAACUUCUGCUGCUACAUAUAUCACUCCUCUUGGGUUUCUGGGUGCUUAGGAAGUGGAGAGUUCCCCCUGUGCAUCAGGUCUCUUCAUCAAGCAAUUUGACCAAUUCCUCAGAUUUCUAGCCUACAAUUGAGGAGGGUCCUCUUAUGACCGAUUAUAUGUCCGCGAAAGUUGAAGUUGAUUAAUAGAAAGGGAAAAAAAAAGAAAAGAAGAGGGAAAUAUUGUUUUGAUGUGAAAAUCAUGAAGCACAAAGUAACAAUGUUAAGAAGAGAUUAGCAUCGUCUCAAAGGCUUGUUAAUGUGAUGUGCAGACAAGCGAGUUCAUGCUGUUUCCUGAGGCAGGCUUUUGGCAUCUGAUGUCACAAUGAGUGGCCUGUGGAGAAACCGUCUUCCAUCUACUUGGCCAUUAUUGCUGGAACUCUCGCCUCAUAUGCUGAUGAACGGGACUUGUGCAAUGCAAAGAACAUAAAAAAGGACUCUUUGAGAUCGACAAUGAAUUGAACUAUGGGCACUGUUAUGGCUCCACAUGAUUCGAUUACAAUGUUUCCUGGUAAAUUCUCUCUAUAUCAUUGCAGCAUCCGUCCAUGCAGAGCGACUUUUAUAAGUUGGAACAUUAGCUUUUGGGGAUGGGGAAGUUGUUGGCGUGAAGGAUGUCUGUGGUUUCAUGAAUUAUCUACCUUUUGUUGUCCUUGCUCAAAUUCAAGGAGUAUUGGUCAUGAGAUUGAAAUAAUACCUUUUGAUUUGGCACUCCAAAUUCAGUUUUUUUUUAUUUUAUUGAUAAGAAUUUAGCAAUUUGUUAGAAGGACUGCCCCCUUUCCGUUUGUCUUCAUCUUGAGAAUAGAUAAAAUUAUGAUGAUAUAUAUAAACAGGCCAAGGAAGUUGAUCGUAUA